AUGACAACUUCAUCUACAACUACUUCGACAACAUCAAGUACUUCUACCACUACAACAACAGAAACAACAAUCACUUUUACUCCAUCUGGAAUAUAUGCACUAAAAAUUCCAACAUGUGCUACUUGGAAUCAAACUGGAAUUACAGUAGCUGGAAAUGCCAAUGGAACAGCAGGUUCUGAUUUAGGUUCACUUCGUGGUCCUGUCAGCAUCUUUGUCGAUAAUAAUAAUACCCUAUAUGUUUGUGAUCGAAGUAACAAUCGAAUUAUGAAAUAUUAUGCCAAUACAAAUACUGGGAUAGUCAUGGGUGGAAAUCUUACUGCUGGUAACAGUUCUAGCCAAUUGAAAUUGCCUAAAGGUGUUGCCGUUGAUCAAUAUGGUGCCAUUAUUGUUGCUGACAGCUCUAAUUACCGAAUACAACGUUUUCCUUUUGGUUCUACAGUAGCUACGACAAUUGCAAAGAAUAGUUCAUCAAAUCUUCUUGGUCAAAUCCGAGAUCUACAUGUUGAUGUCAAUAAUAACAUUUAUGUUACUGAUUCGGACUAUAAUCAAAUUGUAAAAUAUUAUCCUAAUAGUGGAAUAGGUGUAAUUUUAGCUCCUACUAAUGGAGCGGGUUCCGGAGCUGAUCAACUCAGUGCACCUUUUGGAAAUUUUGUAGAUGGAAACCAAACAUUGUACAUAGCCGAUUCAGGAAACAACAGGAUACAGAUGUGGGCUGUUGGUGCGACAAGUGGAGUCACUGUUGCUGGCAACAUCAAUGGUGUGUCUGGUUCAAAUUUGACAUUGUUGGACAAUCCAAAUGCGGUCAUUGUUGACAAUAAUGGGUAUGUAAAAAAAACCUCAAUUAAAACACUUUAUAGAUAUAUAUAUGUGGCAGAUAACAACAACAAUCGCAUCGUUAAAUGGACAACAAACUAUACUGCAGGAGGCAUCUGUGUAGUAGGUUGUACUGGCGCUAUAGGAGUAGCUAAUAAUCAGUUCAAUGGUAUUCGAGACUUAAAAUUUGAUUCACAAGGAAAUUUGUAUGUUACUGAUCAAGCAAAUAAUCGGAUACAAAAAUUUAUGAUACAAUUACCAACAUCAGGAUGUCCAACUACUUCUAGUGAAAAAAUUGAUGAACUUUAUCGCUAUUUAAUGUUAAAUUAUAAUAAAUAUGCUCGUCCUAUUGAAAAUAGUUCUCAUAGACUUACAGUUAAAAUUGGUGUUAAACUUAUUCAAAUUGAUGAUGUUAAUGAAAUAAAUCAAAUUAUGCAAACUCAUGUCUAUGUACUACAUGAAUGGAAAGAUUUUAGUUUCGUAUGGUCACCAGAUGAUUUUGAUGGAGUAGAAUAUAUAUACAUGCCAAAUAAUUUAAUAUGGAAACCAGAUCUUGUUUUAUAUAAUAAUGCUGAUGGAGAUUAUCAAAUAACAUCGAAAGCAAAAGCAUAUAUUCAAUAUGAUGGAACAGUGAGAUGGAACCCACCAAUGAUUUAUAAAUCAUAUUGUACAAUCGAUAUGCAGUAUUAUCCAUAUGAUACACAAAAUUGUACGCUUAAAUUUGGUACAUGGACAUAUCCAGAUUCUUUAGUUAAUUUACAAUUUUUAACUGAUAAUCAUUCAUCAGUUAUCGAUCGUGGAUGGGAUCUUGAAGAUUACACUCCAUCAGUUGAAUGGGAAAUUUUAAAUCUUAAAGCAAUUCGUCAUGAAAAAGUCUAUGCAUAUGUUAAAGAAGAAAAGGAAAAAUAUCUUGAUUUAACAUUUACAUGUACAAUACAACGAAAAUCAUUAUUCUAUACGAUUAAUUUAAUUGUUCCAUGUAUAAAUAUAUCUGUUCUAACUGUAUUAGUUUUUGUUUUGCCAUCAGAUAGUCGGAAAAAAAUUACAUUAUCUGUAUCAAUUCUUGUUGCAUUACUUGUAUUUUAUUUAUUACUUAUGGAACUUAUUCCUUCAACAUCAUUAGUUAUAUCAUUACUCGGAAAAUAUCUUCUUUUUACACUUAUUCUUGUUAAUUUAUCUAUUACUAUUACAGUCAUAACACUGAAUAUACAUUUUCGUCGUCAUCCAACAACAGAUAUGCCAUCUUGGCUUAGAAAUACCCUUUUAAUUUAUUUACCAAAACUUCUUUUUAUGAAACGACCAUCUCUAUCAACAAAAUAUGUACAUAUAAGAGAACAAUUAAAUUCAAUUCAUCCACAUCAAUGUCUAUUAUAUAAAUUCAAAGAUGAACAACGAAAACAUCUUGUAAAAAUUAUAUCGAAUCAUAUUGCUUAUAUUGUACGACAAAUUGAAAAUGAAAAAAAUGAAAAAGAGAUUAUUGAAGAAUGGCGUUUUAUUGCUUUAAUACUUGAUCGUUUAUUUUUAAUUAUAUUUGUCUCGGUUACUCUUAUUGGUACAAUUGAAUCAUUAUUUAACACUCCAUCUUUAUAUAUAUCUACACCACCAAUUAAUCCAAUGUGUUAUUUAUAUUAUCCACCUAUAAAUGAUUCUCAAUGGAUAAAAAUAUGUGCUGCGGACUCAUUAUCAAAUCAACAAUAUUCAAUUCGUACUUCUAUUUGA